CCCCGGGCUGGAUUAGAACCCAAGUUUCUGGAAUCUAAGACCUAUGCCUAUGCUCUCCCCUGGUCAGAGUUCCCAGGAAGAGACAACUCAACCGCAGGGCACAAACACUGUGGCACUGGGGACCCAGAGGGGAAGUGGUGACAGGGACGGAAGGCCAGACCUCCUCUCACUCACUCAUCUGAGAAAGCGUGAAAGCAAGAACAACCAGGCUGGAGUCGCAGCUCUCAAGACCCAUGAGGGGGCCCCGUCCGGGUCUCCAGAUCUGAAUACAAAACAGCCAGGACAAGGCUCCACAAGACCCUGGGCCUAGCGGCUGGCAAAGGACGGAUGUCCAUCAAAUGCAUGCAUUUCCUUUCCUUACUCUCUCUGGACAGUAACAGUCGUCUGAGGCCACACGGUGCUUGCGUGAGGAGAGGCACCAGCCGUAGCCACCCAGCAAACAGCUCAGCUGGCUCUGAGUGGGCCCGGUCUGCUGGGACAGCUCCAGUAGAAGGAGCCAAAGUCUGUCCAUGGCGGGAUGCCGGGAGAUGGAGGCGAGCAACAGCUCUGUGUUCAACCCUAUGAAGGAGUACAUGAUCCUGAGCGACGCCCAGCAGAUAGCAGUGGCGGUGCUGUGCACCCUGAUGGGCCUGCUGAGCGCCCUGGAGAACAUGGCGGUGCUCUACCUUAUCCUGUCCUCCCAGCGGCUCCGCCGGAAGCCCUCGUACCUGUUCAUCGGCAGCUUGGCCGGAGCUGACUUCCUGGCCAGUGUGAUCUUCGCCUGCAACUUUGUCAUCUUCCACGUCUUCCACGGGGUCGACUCCAAGGCUGUCUUCCUGCUGAAGAUCGGCAGCGUGACCAUGACCUUCACAGCCUCUGUGGGCAGCCUGCUGCUGACCGCUGUUGACCGCUACCUAUGUCUGUGCUACCCGCCUACCUACAAAGCUCUAGUCACCCGUGGGAGGGCACUGGUGGCCCUUUGUGUCAUGUGGGUCCUCUCGGCAUUGAUCUCUUACCUGCCGCUCAUGGGGUGGACUUGUUGCCCUAGUCCCUGCUCUGAGCUUUUCCCACUGAUUCCCAAUGACUACCUCCUGGGCUGGCUUCUCUUCAUUACCAUCCUUUUUUCUGGCAUCAUCUAUACCUAUGGGUAUGUCCUCUGGAAAGCCCACCAGCACGUAGCCAGCUUGGCUGAGCACCAGGACAGGCAGGUGCCUGGGAUAGCUCGGAUGCGGCUAGACGUGAGGUUGGCCAAGACUCUGGGCCUGGUCCUGGCUGUGCUGCUCAUUUGCUGGUUCCCUGCACUGGCUCUCAUGGGACACAGCCUGGUCACCACGCUCAGUGACCAGGUCAAGGAGGCCUUCGCUUUCUGUUCCAUGCUGUGCCUUGUUAACUCGAUGGUCAAUCCUAUCAUUUACGCCUUGCGGAGUGGGGAGAUCCGCUCCGCGGCCCAGCACUGCCUGAGAGGCUGGAAGAAGUAUCUACAGGGCCUCGGAUCUGAGGGGAAAGAAGAGGCCCCAAGGUCCUCAGUUACAGAGACAGAGGCCGAUGUGAAAACUACCACGGGGCCGGGAUCCAGAACGCCAGGCUGCUCCAAUUGCUGACACUACCUAUCUUUCUACUGGAAACAGCCCGGGAGUCAGAAACCAGCUCACUCCCUCGAGGAGAGAGGUACCCCAGACCUUGAAUCUUUCCAAAGCUCUGGGGUACUGGAAACAGAAUCCCUUUUUGCUAAGGAGUGCUGGUCUCAUGGUUGGAAAGUGGCCUGGUCCUGCCUACCUUAUACAGUCUGUGGAGAGGGGCCUGUAAGAAUGGUGGACUCUGUUCUCAUCAAAUCAGGAAACCCUCCUGACUCCAAAGACCCAGAAGCCAGAAGGGCCCCCAGAGAUGAUAAUAAAGGACUCAGGAAAUCCGUGAAUACAAGGGACCUGUUCUCCUGGAAUCUAGACUAGCCUGGCUAUGGGGCCACUGACCACAACUUCACAGACGUCCAUGUCUUCUGUAGUGUGGAUUCUAGACUGUCCUGAUGAAGAUUGAUAGACAGACCAGCUGCUUCUGGUUCGUGCUUCGUUGAUUGGGACUCUGUGGCUGUAGAACUAUUGAGGCGCCAUAGGCUUCAAGACACCCUUGCCUCUUGAGGAUCAAGAAUUAUGAUGCUUACUCUAAGGAUGCUUAUGCACUUCCUCCAGACAGUCACAAGCUGUCACCUCAGGGUAUGUGUUGUUGGGAAAGGGCCCUCCAGACAUCCUGAUAAGCCUUGAAAACUCAUUGUGACCCUAGGUCCUUGGGGACCCAGAGGAAGCUGGCUUCACUGGAGGUGCAGAGUCUUCAGAGAACUGUAUUCCUGGUGACAUUUUGCUGUGCCCCACAUAGCAGUAUCCCAGUCUAGCUUGGUUUCAGUAAAAAACCAAGAUAGUCACAAAGAUUCUUUGGGUCUUAGAUUGUUCCUAGUGAUGUUCAACUCAGCACCUCCCUGGACUCUUCUUCCAUACCCUGGUCCUGAAGGAUAAGCAGAAGGAGUUGGGAGGGAAGACCGCUUGCUGCAGACUAGGUAUCCUCCAUCCACAGCCCCAUGCCGUGUCUCUGGGUACCUGCAUUUUACCUUCAGGAAAGGCCGCAUUCCCAACAGACAGAGGUCAAGGCAGUGCUGGUGGCAGGAGGGAUAGGUUGUGCUGGGGACCACAGACACAGUGAAAGGAAAACUCUGAAACACUUUUUUUUUUUUUUUUUUU